UCACUUCCGCUUCCUCCUGGGCAAGGCGGGUAAUUCGAACGCUUACCCUUCGGGUUGGCGCGAGCUCUGGUGGCGGUACCUGCGGCAGAGGGGAUAGAGACCAAAGCUAGACAUGUCCGAGAGACGAACCCGGUCCGGAGGGGCCGCCCAGUGCCCCGGACCCAGCGCCCCAACUCCCACUCGGUCUCUGCGGAGGUCCCAGCGGAAAUCAGGCUCUGAUCUCCCAAACACCGUCCCGGAAAUCUGGCCUAAGGCACCUCAGGAGGCUCCAGUCAGAAAGCCCAUCGUCUUGAAGAAGAUCGUGGCCCAUACCGUAGAGGUGAGGGCUGAGAGAGGGGUUGUAGGUGGGGAGCCAGGAUUGGAAGUCAGCUGUGUGAUCAACUCGUCUCCACAGAUCCCAUCUGUUAACACUCCUCGAAGAAGCCCCCGGCUUGCUUCUUUAUUGGAGAAAGAAAACAACCCUCCUAGCAAGAAGCUUACUAAGGAGGACCUCUUCCAGACCUGCAGUGUCCCUGUCACCGCCCCCUCCACUCCUGUGCUGUGCCCUGUGAAUGCUGAGUCCAACUCCUGGAAAGGAGACUUGGACGCCAGAGACUUGGAAAUGUCAAAGAAGGUCAGGCGCUCGUAUAGCCGCCUGGAGACUCUGGGCUCUGCGUCCACCUCCACCCCAGGCCGCCGGUCCUGCUUUGGCUUUGAGGGGCUGCUGGCAGCUGAAGACUUGGCUGGAGUCUCGCCUGUGGUGGAUUCAAAGUUGGCUGAGGUCCCCAGGGUCCCUGUGAAGCCCUGGGCCCCAGACACGACUCUCCCUGGAAUCUCCCCUCUGGUUGUCAAAGAGAAACGAAAGAAGAAGAAGGUGCCGGAGAUUUUGAAAUCGGAGCUGGAUGAGUGGGCCGCGGCCAUGAAUGCUGAGUUUGAAGCUGCUGAGCGCUUUGAUCUCCUGGUUGAAUGAGAUGAAGUGGGGGUGUCCCUGGCCAGACUCUGCCCUCCUCCUGCUGUACAUAGUUCCCUCUCCUUGUGGAAAAGAUGCUUGGGGUCCCCUGCCCUGGUCUUGUUCCCCACGCAUGUGCUGUUGCUGCAUGUGAGGCCUGUCUUCUGGGGGAUGGUGCAGCGGCGGCAGCCAUCCAAGCUUCAGGAAAUGGGACCUGCCUGGUCCAGCAUCGCAUUGGUGUCCCGUCUGUAGUCAGUGACCUAUCAUCCUCGCCCCCCGCCUCCCAGAGUAGCCCAGCCACUCUCCAGUCAGGCCACAGACUAGGGAGCAGGAAUCACUGGCCCGGCCAGAGGAGGUUAAAGGGCUGGGGGUCAAGGGGAGAGAGGGCACUUCUCUGCUCCUGUGGGGAAGUGCCGCUGUUCUGCACCAGCCCACCGGAGACAGAUGCAGGGGCCACAGCCAGCCUCGGGCUUUCUCUACUGAGUCACCUCUGCUGGGGCUUGGUUCCCCUCCUCAAGCCCAUCUAGGUAGCGAAGCUUGGGUUUCCUCUUAGAUUCUGUAGAUGGUCCGGGAGCACUGGACCUGUGGAUUGGAGAAGUCCUAUCUGUGAGGAGGAAUCUGGACCCUCGGCCUAUGGAGUCUUUUUUGUAGAAGAGAGGGAGGCCUUGGUUGGGUCUCAGACGGUAAAUGUCUACUACAGGGAAGCUGUAUUUUAUAGUUCUGUGUGUUGCUGCUGAGAUGGUGGGUUAAAUGCAGGCUAAUGGAGCAAUGGCUGCUUGAGGUGAAGAAGGUGUCUUGAGACAACAUAGAACCUGAGGCUCAGGGAUUCUGGGUCGAUGCCUGCAGAGGGCCGGAAAGGGGCCCGUGGCUGAAGGUGCCCUCUCUUGUUACUCAUACCUGUUUUUUACAAAGUGUACAGUUUACUCAGCUCUAGAAGAAAAACUUUGGGGUUGUAUGGUCCUGUGACCUUAGUGUUUUGUAAAGUUCUAGGAAGCUUUUCUCACGUGCCAGAAAGGGGCCAGGUUGAUAGCAGCUUUAACUUUCAGCUUCCUUAGGGUCCUCUCCCAUGAGGACCCUGCCUGAGGUAGGUACUAGGAGUUGAACUGGGGGGAGAAAGGGGUCAUCUCAUUGUCUCUGGUGAUCUGCAUGCCCCAUCCCUUGUUUCUCUUUUCUCAAUAUUGGUAAAAGGUGAGCAUUCAAAGGCUGCCCAACCACAGCUUCCGCUGUAUCCCAGGCCAUUGUACCUUUUGAUGAUUAUGGAUUCAUGGAAGUAGAAGCUGAGAGGAGUGUGGAGGGGCUAGUGGAUAGCAGAGAACAUUAGGGAAGAUGAGUGUUUGCUUGGUUAGGGUCCUUUAAAUGGCACAGGCCUGGUAGGUACCAGUUAAGCUCUGCAAGGCCUAGGAGCCCUAGGCUACCUGUCCAGUACUUCAUGCUUUGUCACGCAAGCCCCUUUGCCAGGGUAAACCUAGACACCCUUGAACUGGACCAUACCUGCAGAGUUGUCCUCGCUGACGAGCAGGACAACUCUGGGAAAAUGUCUUUGUCCUGAAAGCCGGAAGUCACCAGAUGAUGUUGAGUUGAUGUCAUUACUACAGACUUCUCUCUGUCCCUGAAAAACUAAGAAUAGAGUUUAAGAGAAAACUGGGACUUCUUUUUAAAAUUAAAACAAACAAAAAAAAGUUUCUGCCUGUUCAUAGACUCUUUUCUUUUGUUGGGUCAAAGGCAGAGCUGAGGGUGUGGGACCCAGGAAACCAUGCUUUCUUUGGGCUGGUUGUCCGUUUUUAAGGGGGACUGCCAGCCUGUCCUCCAGUAGCCCUGUGGUAGAUCACUCCCACCCCCAGGUCUGUGUUUUCUGUCCAGUCACUCCUCCAAGAAGGGGAACCCCAUACCCUCGUGUCCCAGGAGGAAAGAAGUCGUUCUGGGGUGAGGCUGCUAAGAGCUUCAUUCUUAGCACCUGGGCACCACCCCUCCACCCCUCCCUGAGUCCAGCUCUUGUGGACAGACUCCUGUGAAGGAGCCAGUUCCUCACUGGCUCAGCCUGGGUGCUCGACAGCAGUGGGUGCAGAAUGCCCUGGGGAGCUAGUCAAAGCUGUGAUUCCCAGGAAUUCUCCCACCAGGCCAGAGGAGGCCCAGGGACAUACAUGCAUCUUUAUGCAGGUGGCACACCCACUCUCCCUUCCCUCAUCCUUCCUACUCUUGCCCUUGCCUCCUAGUUUUUAGAAUAAACACACCACCUCCUUGCUCAAGACUUUCUAGGGUUUUGUGGGGUUUUUUUGGCUGCACUGAAUCUUGCUUGCAGCGUGCAGGUUUCUUUAGUUGCAGUGCACAGGCUCUCUAGUUGUGUGUGGGUUUAGUUGCCCAGUGGCAUGUGGGAUCUGACCAGGGAUCGAACCUGCAUCCCCUGCAUUGGAAGGUGGAUUCUUAACCACUGGACUACCAGGCAAAUCUCAAGAUUUACUAGUCUUUAUCUCCAAACCAUACGUCUCCACUGAGCUCAAACCAGAAUCUAGAACUGUCUUCUAAAACAGUAUCUCAACUCAGAAGUCAUCUCAAAUUCAGCUCAUCCACCAGCGUGCCUUUUUCUGUGCUUCUCAUGUUAUUAUCAACACCACCUGCUGACCCAGUCACACAGCCAGGAACUUGGGGUAGUCUGUAGUUCUACCCUCUCCUUCACCCCAUUCCAUCAGCUAAAACCUCCUCAACACCCCUCCAUCCCACCUCUGUGGCCCCUGGACAUUUGCUCUGGCCUCCUAGUGGAUCUCCUUAGAAUGAGUUUUCUAAGAAACAAUAUGAUGCUGUUUCUCUCCUGCUUAAAACCCUUUGAUACAGUAAUCCCAUGCAUUAUCUGACUCAAUCCUUAACAACAGCCCUGUGUAUCACGUGGAUUUCUGUCCACUGUACCAUCAGGCAAGUCCAGAGUGGUGUUUCUUUUUUUGUUUUUUUUUUAUUUAUUGUGGCAAAGUACAUAACAAAAUUUACCAUUUUAAGCAUCUUGAGUGUACAGUUUGGUAGCAUUAAACACACAGCGCUGUGCAGCCAUCACCAUCACUCAUCUCUAGAACCUUUUCAUCCUCCCAAAGUCAAACUCUGUCCCUGUUAGACAGUAAGUCCCUAUUCCCUAUUGCCUCAGCUUCUGGCACCCACCAUCCUACUUUCUGUCCAUAAGGAGUCAGAGAAUGUUUGCCGUUUUGUGUCUCAUUUCUUUCUUAAAGUUUUUAAAAUUUUGUUUAUUUUUAUUUUGGCUGCACUGGGUCUUCAUCGUGCCACUCCGGCUUAGGUGCCCUGUGGCACAUGGGAUCUUGCAUUGGAAGGCGGAUUCUUAACCACUGAAUCACCAGGGACAUUCCUUUAUGUCUCAUUUCACUUAGCAUGUUUUCAAGGUUCAUCCAUGUUGUAGCAUGUGUCAGAAUCAAUUCCUUUUGAAGGCUGGAUAACAUUCCAUCGUACCUAUUGUAUAUAACAAAAAUGUAUAUUGACACAAUUCAUUUCUGGGUACAAUAUCCAAAAGAAGUGAAAGCAGGGUCUCAAGAUAUUUGCACACCCAUGUUCAUAGGAACAUUAUUCACAAUUGCCAAAAGUUGGAAAUGGCACAAAUAUCCAUUGAUGGAUGAAUGGAUAAAGUGUAAUAUAUACAUUUUUGUAUAUUCUAUCAUAGCUCUAAGUACACGAGUUUGAUCUUUGGUCCAGGAAUAUCCCAUGUGGUGCAGAGCCACUAAGCCCAUGUGUCACAGCUGCCUAGCCUGUGCUCUAGAGCCUGUGAGCUACAACACAGCGCAGGUGCAACCACUGAACUCGUGUGCAACUACUGAACCCAUGUGCAACUACUGAAUCCAUGCGCUUAGAGCCUGUGCUCUGCAAAAGAGAAGCCACCGCGAUGAGAAGCCCACAAUGAAGAGUAGCCCCUGCUCACCGUAACUUGAGAAAGCCUGCGUGCAGCAACAAAGGCCCAGCACAACCCCUCCAAAAAUAAAAGCAGCCAUAAGAAAAACACCCUUUGAUGACUU